AUGCGAUGGAAGGAUAAACGAGAUGUGUUAAUUUUGUCCACAAAACACUCGACGCGUUUUGUAAGAGUGGUAAAACGCAACAAAGUUAUCUUAAAACCUGCAAUUAUUGUCAACUAUAAUAAAGCUAAAGGUGCCGUUGAUUUGUCUGAUCAAAUGUCAGCGUACCAAACACCACUUAGGAAAACUGUCAAGUGGUAUAAAAAAGUGGCCAUGGACUUAAUCUUGAAUGUAGCUGUUGUAAACGCACUCACUCUCUACAAAAGUGUAACAAAGAAGAACAUUCCUAUUGUAGAUUUUAGAAAAGAAAUUAAGAUAGAUUUCCUAACAAAAGGCAUAACGUCCGAACCUCCUUCAUCGAGACCGAUAAGAGCUAAACAUGAACUGGCGAAAAAAAGAAGGAUCAUCUAA